GAAUGCAUGAAAUGGCGAAUGUUUGACACAUUUACCAGCUACCCUCUCCAAUCAAGAUUUAACGCUUGAAGAGUCAUCUCAAUCAUUGGGUUAUAGCCUUUUUUUCUCUUUGAAAUCCUUCGAAUCCUUCGACAUAAAACUCACAAAUGGCUUCGAGAUAUAACAUAGUCGACUACGACUCGGACGAUGAGCUGGAACUCAGUCCGCACGUUGACAAUCUCAUCUCAGCAGCUGAAUUCGUCGUUCGACUGUUAGAAAGGGGAGACAUCAAUUAUGCUUUAAUGGGAGCAUUUGCUCUUAAGUGCUGUGGAAGCGCUCGUGAUACACAUAAUGUUGAUAUAGUGGUAGACACUUCAAUGAAGAAAAUAUGGCAAAUUAUUGAGCCAGAGAGCAGAUUGGUAAUUCCUCAAUCUCGGCUUGUUGCAGAUGUGAUGAAAAUAUUUGUCAAGACCGGUCCAAACUACGAUGGAUGUUUAGAAACAAGACUCAUCGAGGUAGAGUUGAUUGCACCAGGAUCAAAUGGUACUCCGCGAGAUAUACAAAAUCAUCAACAAACUCUCGUGGUACCCAGUCCGUCAGGACAUCAGAUAGCUUUCAAGGCUUUAGAUGUUCUGUACUUGUUGCGAGGCAAACUGGAUGUUGUGGCAGCACGAGGAGCCCCGAAAGACUAUCUAGAUGCUCAAUUCAUUGUCGGAAACUGGAGACAAGAAUUGGAGAGAAUUCAAGAAUACUCCGAGGUAGUGAAUACGCAAAACGAUGUCGAGUUGAUCUUGACUCCACCAUAUUCUCCACUGGUGUGGUAGGUAGUGUACUGUAAGUGAUGUAUGGGUAAGGUCUUGUCACAUAAAGAGGAGAAAAAAGGAAGCCGAAGAUAGUAUCUGUCGAAUUGCAAAAUGCACAUGGGCACAUCGUAUUCUUAUAGCCAGCCGCUGAUCAGGGAGACUGCAAUGGCCACUUUUUGUGAGAUGCUUCAUGAGGUGUCGCCGAAGGGUAUAUGUUCAUUGGAGACAGGAAGCAAUGGCACAGAUAAAAGACCAUACGGUUGUAACACAAUUAUUGCUGUAGUGUCCAGAAAAUGACAAGUUUUCAAAGAUACCAUGAUACCAUGAUACCAUGAUACAAAACGGGCAUAUGCGGAAUAAUUGACAUGCGGGAAGAUGCUCA